GUUAUGCUCAGUGUUAUUGUGCUGCAUGACUUGUGUAGAACAGAGGAGGAGGGGAGAGAUGCUCUGUCUGGAUGGCACACUGUGUGCUGAGUCAGAUUUAAUGAUAUUGGGGAUGUUUGUAGGGAUUGUCUUUAGCUGUACAGAACAGCUUGUCUAGAAUGUAGGAAGAAAAGUGCAAUUAUUAUGUGUUGUAUAAUCUGGUCCUUGCAUUUCUGCUAAAUACCAGUUACUACAGCUAUUGCUACUACUGUAAAAUCUUAAAAUAUGAGUAUACUUUCUUUUUCUAACAGUGUAUGAAGCUUUCAAAAACGUUUUCAUAUUAGUAUAGUCAUAUUUAUUUUAUUACUCAUUUGUUUUAAUUUUACACAGUAUAGUACAGUUUUAUUCUAGUAGCAAUGGUCUUACUAUGGUUACAAUGGUCAUUUUUAGUUAAGGGAGUUUAGUUUUAAUGGAGUAUCUUUUGAUAAAUGCAUCAUUACCUGAAAUGAACCAUCAUAAUACAACUUCUAUUCAGCAGCAAUACUGGAAUAUCAAUUUGUUACUGUUUUGAAGGGCCUCACAGAGCCAUCUAUAGAAACCCUAUCCUGAGUGCCUACCAAACUACAACAAAACUGUUGUCAACAGUUUCAUCUCUUCUGCAUGUUUAAACAGUUUAUUAGUGACCUCAGGUUUCAGACCGCAGUGUUUGCUUUGUAUAACCAAAGGAUUUAUACAUCUGAAACCCCACAGCCAUUUUGUGGGCAGCCACACGACUGCUGGCUGUAAUACUGAGCCUAUGACUGCAUGCACUUUUCAUGCUCUUUCACCUGUCGGCUGUUAUUUAGUGUAACAUGAGUAAUGCUUUGGAGUUGGAGUGGUAUUGUUAGGAAAACAGUGGCUUUUAUUCGUUCUAUUCAUCAAAACAUCCCAUUGCUGGAUGCUUUAUUUGAUUUUUUUUUAUUUUUAAAACAGUAUCUACCUCAUCUUGCAAUCCCACCUUUGUCAACUGGAUUGCUAUUUAUCACCCUCCUUUAAAAUGUCUCAUGCAGCUCCAUCCCACUCAAAGUGAAGUGUAUGACAGAUACCAGCACAUGCUACCGUGGGCACCUUGGUUUCUAUAGUGAUGCUUUUGAUGAAGAAUUGAAUGUGUGCAGCUGGCUGGCCAACUCAUCACGACGUGUCCUGGUCCAACCUUUCCAUACCACUGGUCCUUUCAGCUGGAACACGGUUUCAUUUUUAUAAUCAACCGGACGGUUUAUUUAUUCAGUGAGUGUGCCUGAGUCUUUGUGCACGAGAGACCAAUUUUAAAAAGCUUUCAAGGCCUCGGGCCAGUGAGAAAAGGCCACUGACUAUUGAGGAGCAAACCAUAUGUAGCUAUAAGCUGUAAAAUGAGUGGAAAUUUGUGAAGUGAUCAUUUUCAUGAUAUUUAAUGCUCGAGCGCUUCGGCCUGGAUGGGUUCCCCCAUUAUGAUUCUGUACUCGUUGUUCAAAAUGCCUUGAAGCAACCAUUAUGCUGUAUGGAAAGGAAAUGUGAACCAAGAAAGCACAAAUUAAGAUGGAUUUACAGCCUGGCGAAUAACUCAAAGAUUGUUAGAGAGUGUCUUAGAGCGAGGCCCAGGCUCCAGCAGGCCACGGUGAGCAUGAUGGAGGGGGGUAUGCAGCUGCUGAACCGGGACGGCCACAGCAUCUCGCACAACUCCAAGCGCCACUACCAUGACUCCUUUGUGUCUAUGAACCGCAUGCGGCAGCGUGGCCUGCUCUGCGACAUCGUGCUCCAUGUGGCCAACAAGGAGAUCAAAGCACACAAGGUGGUGCUGGCCUCCUGUAGUCCAUACUUCCAUGCCAUGUUUACAAAUGAGAUGUCGGAGAGCCGUCAGACUCAUGUGACCCUGCAUGACAUUGACCCUCAGGCUCUGGAGCAGCUGGUGCAGUACGCCUACACUGCCGAAAUUGUAGUAGGAGAGGGAAAUGUGCAGACCCUGUUGCCUGCAGCUAGUCUCCUGCAGCUCAACGGAGUGAGAGAUGCCUGCUGCAAAUUCCUUCUCAGCCAGCUGGACCCCUCAAACUGCCUGGGCAUCCGUGGCUUUGCAGACACUCACUCCUGCAGCGACCUUCUCAAGUCGGCCCAUAAGUAUGUCCUGCAGCACUUUGUAGAGGUAUCGAAGACUGAGGAGUUUAUGCUGCUACCUCUCAAACAGGUGCUGGAUCUGAUUUCUAGUGAUAACCUGAAUGUCCCAUCAGAGGAGGAGGUGUACAGGGCUGUGCUGAGCUGGGUCAAGCAUGACAUUGAUGGGCGGAGGCAGCAUGUGCCCCGGCUGAUGAAGUGUGUGCGGCUGCCCCUGCUGACACGAGACUUCCUGAUGAGUAAUGUGGAUACGGAGCUGCUGGUGCGUCACCACUCUGAGUGCAAAGACCUGCUGAUCGAGGCACUGAAGUAUCACUUGAUGCCCGAGCAGAGGGGUGUUCUCAGUAACAGCCGCACACCGCGUCGCUGCGAGGGAGCCAGUCCGGUGCUCUUUGCUGUAGGUGGGGGCAGUCUUUUUGCCAUUCAUGGAGACUGUGAGGCCUAUGACACUAGGACAGACCGCUGGCACAUGGUUGCAUCCAUGUCGACGCGGCGGGCACGAGUCGGAGUGGCUGCUAUUGGAAACAAGCUCUACGCUGUUGGAGGGUAUGAUGGCACUUCUGAUUUGGCUACUGUAGAGUCGUAUGACCCUGUAACCAAUGCGUGGCAACCUGAGGUGUCUAUGGGAACGAGGAGGAGCUGUUUAGGUGUGGCGGUCCUGCAUGGGCUGCUGUAUGCAGCAGGAGGAUACGAUGGUGCUUCUUGUCUCAACAGUGCGGAGAGGUAUGACCCUCUGACCAGUACCUGGACCUCCAUCGCUGCCAUGAGCACCAGGAGGAGAUACGUUAGAGUGGCCACAUUAGAUGGCAGUUUGUACGCAGUCGGUGGGUAUGACAGCUCCUCACACUUAGCCACGGUAGAAAAGUACGACCCUCAGAGUAAUGCCUGGACUGCCAUUGCCAACAUGCUGAGCAGGAGGAGCAGCGCAGGAGUUGCUGUUUUGGAGGGCAUGCUUUAUGUUGCUGGGGGCAAUGAUGGUACCAGCUGCCUAAAUUCAGUGGAACGAUAUAAUCCGAAAACCAACACCUGGGAGGGAGUGGCCCCCAUGAACAUCCGCAGGAGCACACAUGACCUGGUCGCCAUGGAUGGCUGGCUAUAUGCAGUUGGAGGCAAUGAUGGCAGCUCUAGUCUCAACUCCAUAGAAAAGUACAACCCUCGUAGCAACAAAUGGGUGGCGGCGUCGUGUAUGUUCACACGCCGUAGCAGCGUGGGAGUCGCUGUUCUGGAGCUCCUCAACUUUCCUCCUCCGUCCUCUCCAACUCUUUCCGUCUCCUCCACAAGUCUUUGACAAAGGGUAAAGACCCGGCUUAGCUCCAGCGGCCUGCCCUGUGUAGCCAAGAGGCGCAACUGCUCGGUUUGAGCAUCAGACGAGGAGUGAUUUGUGGGCCACAGUGCCCUCCUUCUGCCUGGAGGAACACUGCAGCAUGAGGGUAAAAAAAGGAUGAAAAGAAAAAAAAACACACACUCACACACUCUCACCCUAUAAACCCCAGUGCUUGAAAGUGCAAAAUAAUGUUGCUCUGCCAUUUUGCGGUCACUUUGUGUAUGAUGUAUAUCUAAAUGUAUAUUUAUGUUUACGAUUCUUUUUUGAAAUACUAAGAAAUAAUAUAUUAAACAAAACAAAACAAAAAAGAAUGAAAAACUUUAGGAAUGUAGCUCUUGACAGGUUCUGCCACGCAUGUUUACAAAAAUUUCGUCCUGGCAGAAAAUAAUAUUGUAGUGCUGCUGUGCCACACUAGGUGGUAGUAAUGUGCAAUGCUGCCCUGUCUCACCACAGAUGCGCAUGGACAUUUAGAAGCAGAAAAUUCACACAAAACGGUGGCUGGAUUCUACACUACGUACACCUGAGUGUGUCAGAUCAUGUUGACAACAUAAUAUAUGUUUUACUUAUUUUCCUAUUUAUUUAUCAAAUGUAAUAUAAACAUAUGACACUAUUUCAGAGAUGUUUGAAGGACCACCUUAAGAGACUUAAGAGAGGAAAUAUAGUUUUAACAUACUAAUGGACAUACUACAUAUCAUAGAAGCACUGGUGUUUGGUAUGAAAUGUGAGAUUUAGGAAGAACAGGUAUUUAGUGUUUUAUCUAACGGACAUGUUUGGUUUGUUUUCUACAGUCAUGUAUUACAAGCCUUUGAGAGUUUGCGCUCUACCUGAGUGCAAACUUUACUAAUAUGACACGUCUAUAUCACUAACCAGGAGAAAUGUCUUUUUUUAUAAAGACUAUAGCCAUACCUAAAACUAGCUGUGACAUUAAAGCUGCACUUUUUUCAUUUCUCGUGUUUCGAAAGGGUGAACGGUGCUCAGAACUAAUUCUGAUUCACUAACGGGUAAUCAGUAACACUGACACUUCAAUAUCAAGCCCUUCAAUGUGAGUAACUCGGCUAUUAUAAGCUCCUAUAUGUUGUAUGUCACAUUUAUUAGUCUUUAGUUAGUAAACCAUGUCAUUGUGGAUUGCAUUUUCGAAACUUUGUUGAUUUGCCAGGGCUGUCAGAUUUGACAGCUUGAUAGGUAUAGUUAGUUUGUGUUGUGUUGUGUUGUGAUGUCAUUGGUAACGGCCACUACCAAUGCAUCUUACCUCAGAUGGGUAGAUGAGUGAACGGUGAGUUUUGUGAGUAAUUAGUUUAUCUGAUGAGAGCACAGAUCGCCCCAAAACAAAGGAUAGUUCCCCCAAAAUAAGGUUGUUAUAAACAUGUAUGACGUUCUUUAUUAGGUGGAACACAAAGGAAUAUAUUUAGAAGAAUUGUCUGUACAAUUUGAAGUAGAUGGGAAUAAAAGAACAGUUGUAUGAGAAGAGAGCAGCUUGGACAUUCUGCUAAAUAUCUUCUUUUUGAAGACAAUAAGUUUUGAAAUGACAUAAGGGUGAGUAAAUGAUUUUCUUUUUUGGGGAACUAUACCUUUAAGUCAAUCCUGCUCUCUGCCAUUUUACGUAGGUUUUAAAAUGUAGCGUAGUAUUAUAUGAUUUCAAAACUUCUGAGAAGUUAGGAUAUUGUUUCCUUUUUUAAAGGACUUUGUUAAUUCAGAGAAACUUGUUUAAGGACAGUAUAAGUCUGUGUCUAGGGAGAUCAGAGUGCUGUGUAUGUGUGUUUCUGUAGAGGUGAAGCAUCCUGCACUUUGACCAUACAUACAUAACACCACAGGACCACAACCCCGCAGAAAGGAAUUACAGUAUAUGUAUAUAACCAAAUAUCCUGAAACUUGUGCAAUGUCAAUAUAACUGUGGCUUUCUUUUUCUUUUUUCUUUUUUUUUUUUUUCUUUUUGGAUUGUAAUGUUGUUGAAUGUGUUAUUUAUAUUGUGCCAGUUAUGUUUUGCUAUAUUUAAGAACAAACAUGAAUUUUUUUGCACUAAUGUCAAAUGGAGCAAUAUACUGCUGUAUAAAAUCAAAACACACAACUGUAAAUUAAAUAAAGCUGUUUUCAGGUGGAAUGUGAGCUUAAUCUCAUUUGAACAAAUAAAUUGGCGUGUUAUUAAAGAAAUAGUUCACCCAAAAAAUAAACAUUCUGUUGCCCUCAUGCCAUUACUAA